AUGAUGCCUGAGGAUGAAACAGACCACGAAGCGAUCCUGGUGGUGUUCUCAGAACCGGGAGAGGCCGUCGAAUUGAAGGAGUUUAACGAGUGGUACGAUGAAGAGCAUGUGCCAUUAAGGAUGAGAUUUCCCGAGUUCCAGACGGGUGCCCGCUACGAGGCAAUCGAUGGUCAGAAUCCAAGCUUUGCUGCGAUUUAUCGGGUCAGCUCUCUUGGACUGUUCCGUCAGCCGAGGUACCAGGGUCUGCGUACGAACCGCUCGGCGAGAGAGGCCGAGCUUUUCAGCCGGAUCGGCACGAUCGAUCGACGAACUUACCGCUGCACCCAAGUCGCACAAAGGCCUUCUUCCGAUCAUCACCAUCCAUAUCAUUCUCACCUCCUCACCGUAGAGCUGGCCGAGCCAUCUUGCCCAUUGAUUCUGGAAAUGGAAUCAUUAGAUGGCUGGAGGAGCACUCAGGCCGGCGAAAUCAUCGACUCAUCCGUUGUCGGUCGCCUUCAGCCAUCAUACACUGAUCCAAGCCGAACCCUUCGGUUUAUGGUAAUAUUUGAAUUCACAAACCGAGAUUAUGAGAAAUCGGUCCAACUCACAAAACUGGCUAAGGCGGCUGAUGCUAACCAGUCAAUGAUCAGAGAAUGGGAGCUGCACCGCGGCUGGAAGAAUUCGUGUAAUUAUAUUCCAGUCCCAGCCGACUAG